AUGGCCCGCAUCGACGUGGAAAAGGCGAUUGAGGAGCUGACGCUGGGCGAGAAGGUGGCUCUCACGGCCGGACGCGACUUCUGGCACACGGCCCCGAUCCCCCGCCUCCACAUCCCCUCCCUUCGCAUGUCCGAUGGCCCCAACGGCGUUCGCGGCACUCGGUUCUUCAAUGGCAUCCCCGCCGCUUGUUUCCCCUGCGCCACUGCUCUGGGUGCCACCUGGGAUACUGAGCUGCUAUCGCAGGUCGGUGAGCUGAUGGGCGAGGAGGCCAUCGCCAAGGGAACACACAUCGUUUUGGGUCCGACAAUCAACAUUCAGCGCUCGCCGCUGGGAGGGCGCGGAUUCGAAUCAUUCUCCGAGGAUGGUGUGCUGUCAGGGACUCUAGCCGGUCAUUUCUGCAAGGGAAUGCAGGCCAAAGGUGUUGCGGCAACAUUGAAGCACUUCGUCUGCAAUGACCAGGAGCACGAGCGGAUGGCUGUCAGCAGCAUCGUCACCGAACGUGCUUUGCGCGAAAUCUAUCUACUGCCAUUUCAACUGGCCCUGCGCAUUUGUCGCUCGGCAUGCAUUAUGACCGCGUAUAACAAGAUCAACGGCACUCACGUCAGCGAGAACGAGGCCAUCAUCGACGAUAUUCUGCGCAAGGAGUGGGGGUGGGCUGGUGUGGUCAUGAGUGACUGGUUCGGUACUUACAGCACAUCCGACGCCAUCAACGCCGGUCUCGACAUCGAGAUGCCUGGCAAGACCCGCUGGCGUGGAGAGGCCCUUGCUCACGCCGUGUCCUCGAACAAGGUGGCUCAGUUCAAGCUGGACGAGCGUGUGCGCAAUAUUCUCAACUUGGUCAACUGGGUCGAGCCGCUGGGAAUUCCCGAGGGCGCACCGGAGAAAGCCCUGAACCGACCCCAAGACCAAGCGCUCAUGCGCCGUACAGCCGCCGAGUCGGUUGUCCUCUUGAAAAACGAGAACAACGUGCUUCCGCUCAAGAAAGAUGGGUCGGUGCUGGCGAUAGGACCCAACGCCAGGAUUACAUCUUACUGCGGCGGUGGCUCCGCUUCGCUCGCUCCCUAUUACACCGUGACUCCGUUGGACGGAGUGUCAGCGAAGAGCAAGGGUGAUGUUAAAUUCACUCAAGGUGUCUACUCACACAAGGAACUGCCGCUCCUGGGACCGCUCAUGAAGACUGCAGACGGCAAGACCGGAUUCACUUUCAAGGUCUACAACGAGCCGCCCAGCGCCGGUCCCGAUCGUGGCAUCGUGGAUGAGCUCCACCUCGUUGGCUCUACCGGGUUCCUGAUGGACUAUGUCAACCCCAAGAUCAAGUCUAUGACCUUCUACGUAGACAUGGAAGGUUUCUUCACCCCCGAGGAGGAUGGACUGUACGACUUCGGCGUGACCGUCGUCGGCACCGGCCGUCUUCUGGUCGACGGCGAGGUGGUCGUUGACAACACCAAGAACCAAAAACAAGGCUCUGCUUUCUUCGGCACCGCGACCGUCGAGGAGCGCGGUGUAAAGGAGCUCAAGGCGGGGCAGACAUACCGAGUCCUUUUCGAGUUCGGCAGCGCACCCACCUCAGACCUGGACACUCGUGGUAUCGUCGCCUUUGGACCGGGUGGAUUCCGCUUCGGCGGAUCUCGACGUGUCGGCCAGGAGGAGUUGAUUGCCACGGCGGUGGAACGUGCAUCCGCGGCCGAGCAAGUUGUGAUCUUCGCAGGUCUCACCAGUGAAUGGGAGACCGAAGGUUACGACCGCGAUCACAUGGACCUUCCCCCGGGCAGUGACGAGCUGAUCAGUCGCGUGCUGGCCGCUAACCGGAAUGCCGUCGUCGUGAUUCAAUCCGGCACUCCGGUGACGAUGCCUUGGGCAAAGGACGCUCGUGCCGUCGUGCAGGCCUGGUUCGGUGGCAACGAGUGCGGCAAUGGCAUCGCGGAUGUGCUCUACGGUGAUGUCAACCCUUCGGCCAAGCUGCCCAUCACCUUCCCGCGCCGCCUGCAGGACAACCCCUCCUACAUCAAUUUCCGCUCCGAACGUGGCCGUGUACUCUACGGCGAGGACAUCUACGUGGGCUAUCGCUUCUUUGAGAAAAGUGAUGUAGCACCCGUCUUCCCCUUCGGCCACGGUCUCUCUUACACGAGCUUCAGCCGCUCCAACCUCCGCAUCAGCACCGUUCCUGAGCGAUCGAAAUAUUCGGAGGCCGGCGAGCCCAUCACCACCGAGGUGACUGUCACCAAUACCGGCUCCAUGGCGGGUGCCGAGAUCGUCCAGCUUUGGAUCAUCCCGCCGUCAACGGAUGUUAAUCGCCCGGUGCGUGAACUCAAGGCUUUCCAGAAGGUAUUCCUGCAACCCGGAGAAUCCAAAACGGUGCAACUCGUGGCUGAGAAGAAACUGGCAACGAGCUGGUGGGAUGAAGAGCGGGAGCAGUGGAUCUCCGAGAAGGGUCGCUACCACGUCUUAGUGACUGGUACUGGUGCGGAGGAGCUGCGAGGCGAGUUUGAAGUUGGCAAGACCAGAUUCUGGCUGGGCCUGUAG